AUGGAAGACGGAACAGUAGCCAGAGGCAGCCACGGCACCUUAACUACAAGGAUCACAGCAACAUCAUCGCUCACCAUAACCAGGGAACAGAGGAUCUUAUCAGAGAAAGAGACGCACGCGCACACCGAAAGCAUCGCGCCAACCAACGCGGAGAAGAAUGGCGAGUCAUCUGGAGAGGAAUCCGAGGCCGAAGCUAUGACUAGCCCAGCGAGGGAUGCCCAAGGCGAUGCAAUGAUGAUCGAUGAGGAGGAUAGAAGAGAACUGCAAAGGAUCGCAACAACACUUUCAAGGCACCAAAGCGCGGUUACCCCCGGUCGCUCCCUUUCGACUCACGUCUCCUAUGGUCAGGGGCUUGCCACGCCGGAUGACCCUGCAUUGGAUCCUUCCAGCAAGUAUUUCGAUCUUUCCAAAUGGCUCCAAAAUUUCAUGCGGGAAAUGCAAAACGAAGAUAUCGCUGUCAAGAACGCUGGGGUUGCUUACAAGAACUUGAGCGUUUCCGGCUCAGGGGCCGCUUUGCAGCUCCAGCAAACUGUUGGUGAUUUCCUCAAGGCCCCGAUGAGGAUCGGUGAGCAUUUCAGCUUUGCCAAAAAGAAACCCAGGAGAAUCCUCAACAACUUCGAUGGCAUCCUGAACAGCGGAGAGCUUUUGAUCGUUCUUGGCCGCCCUGGCUCUGGGUGCAGCACUCUUUUGAAGACCCUGACUGGUGAACUCCAGGGUCUUACCUUGGGAGAGGAGUCCGUCAUUCACUACAAUGGCAUCCCCCAGAAGAAGAUGAUGAAGGAGUUUAAAGGAGAAACGGUCUACAACCAAGAGGUUGACAAGCACUUCCCUCAUCUGACUGUUGGUCAAACACUCGAAUUUGCUGCAGCCGUUCGCACGCCAUCGCGGAGAAUACACGGCAUAACACGCGAGGAACACCAUAAGAAGGCCGCACAAGUUGUUAUGGCAGUUUGCGGUCUUAGCCAUACUUUCAACACUAAGGUCGGCAACGACUUCGUCCGCGGCGUCUCUGGUGGUGAGAGAAAGCGUGUUAGCAUCGCCGAGAUGAUGCUUUCUGGUUCGCCGAUGUGCGCGUGGGACAACAGCACGCGCGGUCUGGACUCUGCGACUGCCCUCAAGUUUGUGCAAUCGCUGCGCCUCGCGUCCGACUUCUCAGGCAGUGCCCACGCCGUUGCCAUCUACCAGGCAAGUCAAGCCAUCUAUGACCUCUUCGACAAAGCCGUAGUUUUGUACGAGGGUCGUCAGAUCUAUUUCGGCCCUGCUCGUGCCGCCAAGUCAUACUUCGAGCGUAUGGGCUGGGAGUGCCCUCAGCGCCAGACAACCGGCGACUUUUUGACUUCGAUCACCAACCCCUCCGAGCGCAAGGCUCGCCCCGGCCUGGAGAACCAGGUGCCUCGAACCCCGGAGGACUUCGAAGACUAUUGGCACCGGUCUCCAGAAUCCCAAGCUCUUCGCCAGGAUAUUUACCAGCACACGGAAGACCACCCGAUUGAUCCCCGCGGCCGGGCCCUCAGUGAGCUCCGCCAACUCAAGAAUGACAGACAGGCGAAGCACGUUCGCCCAAAAUCUCCCUACACCAUCAGCAUAGCAAUGCAGAUCCGGCUCACGACUAAACGUGCAUACCAGCGCAUGUGGAACGACAUCUCAGCCACUGCUACAGCGGCUGCUCUCAACAUCAUCUUGGCUCUUGUGAUCGGCUCGGUCUUCUACGGUACUCCCGAUGCAACCGCUGGUUUCUUUUCCAAGGGAUCUCGACCCAUUGUAGAAAAGCACGCCUCGUAUGCCUUUUACCACCCAGCCUCGGAAGCCAUCGCCGGUGUUGUAGCAGAUAUUCCAAUCAAGUUCGUCACGGCCACCUGCUUCAAUCUUACACUCUACUUCCUUGCAGGGCUUCGCCGUGAGCCAGGCCAGUUUUUCCUUUACUUCCUGGUCAUUUACAUCGCGACCUUUGUCAUGAGCGCUGUCUUCCGAACCAUGGCCGCCAUUACGAAGACCAUAUCUCAAGCAAUGACGUUAGCCGGUGUCAUGGUCUUGGCCCUUGUGAUAUACACUGGGUUUGCAGUCAGAAUUCCCCAGAUGGUCGUCUGGUUUGGAUGGAUCAGAUUUUUGAAUCCGAUCUUUUACGCCUUUGAGAUCCUCAUCGCCAACGAGUUUCACGGCCGUGAGUUCGUCUGCUCCGAAAUCAUCCCUUCUUACACACCUUUGGUUGGAGACUCCUGGAUUUGCUCGACAGUCGGUGCCGUCGCCGGCCAGCGCACUGUUAGUGGUGAUGCUUUUAUCGAGACAAACUACCAGUACUACUACUCUCACGUCUGGCGGAACUUCGGCAUCCUGCUUGCCUUCCUGUUCUUCUUCAUGAUCAUCUACUUUGCUGCAACCGAGCUCAACUCUUCCACCACCAGCACGGCUGAGGUCCUUGUUUUCCGACGUGGCUACGUUCCUUCCCAUCUCCAGGGAGAUGUCAACCGGAGCGUGGUCAAUGAGGAAAUGGCUGUGGCUUCCAAGGAGCAAGAGUCCGACGGCAACGUCAAGUCUAUCCCCCCUCAGAAGGAUAUCUUCACUUGGAGAGACAUCGUAUACGAUAUUGAGAUAAAGGGCGAACCCCGCCGGCUGUUAGACAACGUCUCUGGCUGGGUAAAGCCUGGUACCCUCACCGCUCUUAUGGGUGUUUCUGGCGCCGGAAAGACGACUCUUCUCGAUGUUCUUGCCCAAAGGACCACUAUGGGGGUUAUCACCGGGGAUAUGCUUGUCAAUGGCAAGCCCUUGGACGCCAGCUUCCAGCGAAAGACUGGAUAUGUACAACAGCAAGAUCUUCACAUGUCCACGGCAACCGUUCGUGAGAGCUUGCGCUUCAGUGCCAUGCUCCGCCAGCCCGAAUCUGUUAGCAGAGAAGAAAAGUACGCUUUCGUCGAAGACGUCAUUGACAUGCUCAACAUGCGUGAUUUUGCCGAUGCCGUCGUCGGUAUCCCCGGCGAGGGUCUCAACGUCGAGCAGCGCAAGCUACUCACCAUUGGCGUCGAACUUGCCGCCAAACCUAAGCUUCUUCUGUUCCUCGAUGAGCCCACCAGUGGUCUUGACUCCCAAAGCUCGUGGGCUAUUUGCGCCUUCCUCCGCAAGCUCGCUGAUUCAGGCCAAGCUGUUCUCUGCACCGUCCAUCAGCCCAGUGCUAUCCUGUUCCAACAGUUCGACCGCCUUCUCUUCCUCGCUCGCGGAGGUAAAACCGUCUACUUUGGUGAUAUCGGCGAGGACUCUCGCACCCUUCUCAACUACUUUGAGUCACAUGGUGCUCGGAGAUGCGACGAUGAAGAGAACCCCGCCGAGUACAUGCUCGAGAUCGUCAACAACGGCACCAACUCCAAAGGCGAAGAUUGGCACACUGUUUGGAAGUCGAGCAAUCAAAGGCAUAAUGUCGAGGCGGAGAUCGAGCGUAUCCAUCUGGAAAAGGAGCACGAGGAGGUCGCAGGCAGCGAUGACGCCGGUGCCCGCUCAGAGUUCGCCAUGCCCUUCACCGUACAACUCAUGGAGGUCACUACACGAAUCUUUCAACAGUACUGGCGUACGCCCAGCUAUAUUUUUGCCAAGUUCUUUCUCGGUAUCUUCGCUGGUCUCUUCAUUGGGUUCUCCUUCUGGGAGGCAGGCGGAACUCUGGCUGGUAUGCAAAAUGUCAUAUUCGGCGUCUUCAUGGUCAUCACCAUCUUUAGUACGAUUGUACAACAAGCCCAGUCGGUUUUCGUCACCCAGCGAGCUCUUUACGAGGUCCGCGAGCGCCCAAGUAAGGCCUACUCGUGGAAGGCUUUCAUGUUCGCCAGCAUCAUGGUCGAAAUCCCAUACCAGAUCAUCACAGGUAUCCUCAUCUGGGCUUGCUUCUACUACCCCAUCAUUGGCGUCCAAACCUCUGUAAGACAGGUCUUGGUCCUCCUGUACUCUAUUCAACUCUUCAUCUACGCCGGCUCGUUCGCCCACAUGACCAUUGCUGCCCUCCCGGACGCCCAGACCGCCUCCGGGUUAGUCACCCUCUUGGUACUUAUGAGCUUGACCUUCUGCGGUGUCUUGCAAUCUCCAUCAGCACUCCCUGGUUUCUGGAUAUUCAUGUACCGCGUCUCUCCCUUUACCUACUGGGUAGCCGGCAUCGUCAGUACCCAACUGCACGGCCGGCCCAUUACCUGCUCAGCUUCCGAGACAUCCACUUUUAACCCGCCUAUGAAUCAGACAUGCGGCGAGUAUCUCUCGGAUUAUCUCCGAGAUGCCCCUGGUCAGCUGCAGAACCCGGAUGCCACUGAACAGUGCAGAUACUGCUCGCUAAGUAACGCAGACCAGUACAUGGCCAGCACUAGCAUCUUCUAUGAUGAGAGAUGGCGUAAUUAUGGAAUUGUCUGGGCUUUCAUUUUCUUCAACAUAUUUAUCGCUGUUAUUUCGUAUUAUCUGGUUCGUGUCAAGAAAUGGAACACUGGCGCAUCAAAGAAGGCUAAGAAGGAGUCAAAGGGAAAGAUGCCUAGGACCCAAUAA